AUGCCAUUCUAUACACUAGCUGUCAACUAUGAUCCCACUUCAUCCAGCAGCAAUCUUGGCAGCCUUGGUGUCCAUAAAACACGGACCUUGAUUAUCACGCCUGAUCGCGAGACCUCCGACUCCCUCUUCCGCAUUAUCCAGGAUAACCCGAGUGGCGUCAAUCCGCAAGCGCCCUUCAAACAUGUCCAACGCAUCUCCCCCCAGAUGUGGUCAUGGACCGCACAAGACAACAACAGCAGCAAAGAUCAACUCGCAAAAUUAAUCAUCGCCAUCAACAACCGAACGGCAGUGAUCACCAACGACCAAAGCGGUAACCCACUCAAGCGACUGCAAGGACGAGUCACCCUUCACGCGUUACCCGACUGGGAUAGCCAGACCCUCACCCCUAUCAUUCCCAAUAUAGAAACAGCAGACUACAUCUCUGGAAACCUCUUCUGUAUCCGCAACAGGCGCUCUCCAGACAAGUACUGGGCCAAGCCGCCAGGAGACUACCACUGGAUCCGCCUCUCUAGCAUCAUCCGCACCCGAUUCCGCAUCCGAGCCGUGGGCAAGCCCGACGGAACGGUCAUGAUCCCCGACGACCAUGUCGAGAUCUCCGUAGUCCGCCUGGAUGAUAAUAACAAUGAACAAGAAUUCCCGCUCGGGUAUCAAGACUUUAGCGGUCGACUAGCUGAAGUGGCCAAAGAGCAGCGAAUUCGGAUCUGGUUUGAGUCGUUCCUCGCUGGUGGAAUCAGUCUCGACUACAGGGGAAGUGAGAAUGAGACCAAUAAUGCCGGAGCCGAGCAGAACGACUCUGGGUGGAAGCCUACCGACGAUGAGUUGACCUAUCCUCUUUAUCCGGUGUUUUAUGAUGAAUCUCAACGUGGAGGGGAGAUAUUCAUCUACUUACAUGGAACUUCCCUUUCUUUCUUUCUUUCUUUCUUUCUUUCUUUCUUUCUUUACAAAGAUCGUGUAAAGAAGUCAAUUAAAUUUACUAUAAUCACAUAG